ACUGCGGCAGCCAUUUUGCAUUGUGGUGUAUUGAGGGUGGUUGUGUAUAUUUGUGAUUACUAUUUUGUUUAUUUAAAGAAUGAUUUGAAAUCGGUGCAGCAAAAACAAUUUUAGUAAAGUAGCAAAAUGACGCAGUUUUUACCACCUAAUUUGCUAGCGUUGUUCGCUCCUCGCGACCCAGUCCCGUAUCUUCCACCAGUGGCAAAGCUACCCCAUGAGAAAAAAACGAGAGGUUAUUUAGGUGUGGGUGCGUUUUUGACAGAGUUUGAGGACCCGAAAGAUACUCCGCCUCCUACAAGGGUUGAAACACGAGAAGAGCGGUUGGAAAGGCGUCGACGGGAACGAGCUGAACAAGUUGCUUACAAAUUAGAACAAGAAAUCGCGGUUUGGGAUCCAAAUUCAGCCCCAAAUAUCACUGCAGAUCCUUUUAAAACACUCUUUGUUGCUCGAAUCAAUUAUGAUACUUCUGAGUCUAAGCUUCGAAGAGAAUUUGAAGUUUAUGGACCAAUCAAAAAGAUUGUCCUGAUCCAUAACAGCGUUAAUGGAAAACCUAGGGGGUAUGCAUUCAUAGAGUAUGAACAUGAGAGGGACAUGCACUCUGCAUACAAACAUGCUGAUGGAAAGAAAAUUGACGGGAGACGGGUUUUAGUUGAUGUCGAAAGGGCCCGCACAGUUAAGGGUUGGUUACCUAGACGUCUCGGUGGCGGUCUUGGUGGUACCCGUAGAGGAGGUCCAGAGGUAAAUAUAAAACAUUCAGGGCGCGAGGACAACGAAAGGGAGAGGGAAAGGUACAGGUUAGAACGAGAAAGGGAGGAAAGAGGUGGGAGAGAUCGCGAUAGGGAGCGAGACAGGGAUAGGGAUCGUGGGGUUGGUUUUGACAGAAGGCGGUCCAGGUCUAGGGAAAGGAGAAGAAGGAGUCGGUCGCGUUCACCAAGGAGAGAAAAGAGAAGACGUAGCAAAGAACGCGUCAGGGAGGAGUUUGAUGACAACUUUGACAGACGAUCGAGAGAAAAGGAGAGGGACAGGGAUCGCGAGCGAGAAAGGGAGCGUAAAAGGAGACGUUCGAAAUCAAGAGACAAAGAUCGUGAACGCAAACGCGAAAGAAGAGAAAGACGAGAACGAGAACGUGGUGAAAGACUUGAAUAUAUCAAAACAGACGAUGGUGGUGAAGUCCGUAUUAAGGAGGAACCAAUUGACGAUUACCCAGAAUAUCCGCAGUAUCCUGCGGAAACGUAUGAUCAAUCGCGUGUUAAAUAUGAAGAUGAAGAUGAACAGAAGUAUGAACCAGAUAAUACAAAUGGCAGUCGUCAGUAUGAUGACGAAUAUGAAGAAGGAGAAGCCUAUUAAGAUUUCUACUUUGUGCUUAAAUUAAUUAGUAGCAAUUGUAAAUAAGCUGGAUUCUCGGUAUAGCAGUAGUUACAGUCCUAAUAUUUGUCACGUGCCUGUUUCAUGUCAGCAAUCUACUUUUUAAGAUUCCGUUUUACAAAUAAAGUACUGUAUAUAAGAUCCAA